AUGUUUCAGCCGUACGGUAACCCGACCCACAGUCCAGUCAAAGCACAGCAUGAUUCUGUGAACUGUAUAUCCCAAAGCGGCAAUUUGUAUUCUACGUGCAAGAAGAUGGAAAUUGUCCGAGCAUCACUGUUUUUUACUCGGCCCAAAAACCAAGAACCCCCAGUAUCUAAACACAUCCCACCGUAA